GCUUAGUUUUUUUUGUUUUUGUUUCCCGAUACCCUUAAUAUAUUUUGUUACAACUUACAAUCAAGGUGAAGUGCGUUCUCUACCGGCCAAAGUCAGAGAGGAUUUGAUACGCGCCUACGAAAAUGGAUGGAUCAGAUCGCGCACCUUCUCACGUACAAUAAAGAGGGGGAGGGUACACUCUGAAGGCCCGAACGUAAUGUCUUACGUGGCCAUGACAAGGGAGAUUGCUCAAUGGCUGAUUAAUAAAGGUGAGGAUAGUGUUAUUAUUCGGGAGACGGCUUACAAGAUGUUGUUUAAACCCUGGAUGAAUCGACGGGAGCUCAAGGAGAGAAGGAAAUUGGAGGAAGCUUCUAAGUUCUGGGUGAUGGCCCUCCGUGUGCCGUUGAGGGCUAUGUCCCCAAUUGCAGAUGCAAUUGAGCAAAGCAUGGGGAGGAUAAUCAACUCAAUUCCGCCACAACCGGAUCCGACGCACCCCAAGCUGAUGAAUAUGAAGUUUGAACUGGCUCCAGAAGCGGAGGGAGGAUUUGUUCUGUUGCUUCCACUGCGGCUGGAUGACGGGGAAGAUAUUAACGUGGAGUUAGUCUGCAAACACACCCCCUGGUGUGACAGAAGCAAAUGGUGGAACCACACAGCUACAGACGGGUGCCCCAAACUUGUUCAACAACGAGAUGGACAGGAAGCAGAGGGUGACACGGCAGACAACUUCUCACAGAGGAACAGGCAACAGCUCCCUCCAAGCAUACUGGGCGGGAUCAAAGAAUCAACAAAAGACCUCCCUGUGGAAGUACCGCAACAAACGGUGGCGGAAUCCUCCAUUCAAGCUACAUCGAGAGUCCAGCAGCGCCAAGGUUCGGGUGGAACUCCUCAAGGAAUUAGAAUACAACCCCAGCAUGUGCAAGGUCAGGCGGCAUAUGUGCCAACGAACAUGGGACCACAGCAGCAGGUCCCACAAGGCGGUCUUCCAGGAUCAACCAGCCUCCAAGUUGGUGUAACAGGAGCAGGCUUUGUACCUUUCAGACCAAAUUCGGUACCGGUCUACCACCAAGGAUACGGAAUGGGCAACCCAGGUGUACAGAACUUCCCAGGUAUCCGGAAUACCAUCGGAGAACAAGCAUGGCAAUCAUCGCUAUUGGCUGCGGCAGGCAUUCUGUCCACGGAAUUGAUGGGUCAUGUACCCACUCCACAGAACGUGCAUAAUUUGGGGCAGGCUCAUGUACCAGAGACAACGAGAGACCUGGUGGUGGUACAGAAAGACAGCAAUUGCAAGACAGGAGAAUUUGAGGCGAUGGUGUUUGCAGAUCACAAGCAAGAGAACUGGUAACAUACACGGGUGGAGGUGAGAACAACGGACAGGAGGGACAAGAGAGACAAGAGCGGGCAGAUGACGAGGGAAUGGCAGGGGAGGAAAACAAAGACGCUUCUCCAAG